AAGAAAAAGUAAAAAAUAAACUUAAGCCUUAUUCACGCUAAAAGACCGUUUAUUUGCAAGUAAAGCGUUAAAGCAACAAGGUUAAACGUGCCCUCAAAUGUAUAAUAUUUAGAGCAAUACAAUAUACGAUAAUCGUUUAGUUGAACUUUUAAGCGGUUCUUUGUGGAAGUGCAAAAAUCAAACACUAUUUGUUUUAUUAUACAGUUUACAUAAAUUAUUUAAAAAUGCAGCCGUUAAAACGCUUCACACAGUGCGGUAGUUUAACUAUGCUAUUUGGUAUUUUUAUUAUAUUGUUUGGAGUGAGUUCUACAGCAUUGACAACGUUCGGCAAAUCUAGCAAUAAUCCAGCACCUACUUCUGGACCUAUCGUUAAAGGCCGCGAAUGUAAUACACAUGAUGACUGCGUCGCAAUUGACAAAUCGAGCUGUGUCAAGGAUCCGACUGAUUACAACAUGCGUUGCUUAUGCGGGGAUGAUGCACCUCCUAACAACGGAUUGUGCCCGGAUGUAUUAAAAGGCUUACGUCAUAAGUGCAGCAACAGUCACGAAUGUGAAGAUGGUAUGGUAUGUCAAUUCGAAAACACUAAUCGCACUAUUGGUGUUGCUAAGUUCAUGUCAACAAAGACGAGGUUAUGCUUAUGUGACAGCGAAAACGGUUACUUCGAAGAUACAUCACAUGACAUAUGCAGUGGAGCUGCAUUACCGAUAAAUCCGGGUACAUUGAUUAUGAAGAAGAUAUUCGCCGUAAUUUCAACUCUAAGCUCAAAUUAAAAUCACAAGUGCAGAGAUCGGAGCCCGACUAAGAGAAAGCCAAGCAGAGAUGCCUCUUCUGUUCGAAUCUCAAUAACAUUUAAUAAAUUUUACGUACCUUACUGAAGACUUUGCCAUAAAAUGCUUUAAUUUCAAUACAAAAUGUAUUUUGCUUAUAUGUUUAUUCAUUUCAUAGUUAUACGCAUACUUUUUGGAUUCGACAAAUUUUCUACAAAACAGAAGCAAUUGAAAUGUCUUGCGUUUGUCAAUAUUUUGGUAACAACGCAACUCGAGCAAUUCCUC